AUGUCAGAAAGUGGGAGCCAGGAAAACGGCGGGGCCGCGAACGGCAACAGCGACGGCCCGACGAGACGAGCCCCCGGACCGCACGUUGGCAACCAAGUGACCGUGGUGCUCGGGGCUCAGUGGGGCGACGAGGGGAAAGGGAAAGUUGUGGACCUGCUGGCACAAGACGCGGAUAUGGUGUGCAGAUGUCAGGGCGGCAACAACGCGGGACACACGGUGGUGGUGGACUCGGUGGAAUACGACUUUCACCUCCUCCCCAGCGGCAUCAUCAACCCCAAGGUCACCGCCUUCAUCGGCAACGGUGUUGUGAUCCAUCUGCCGGGCCUGUUUGAAGAGGCAGAGAAGAACGAACGCAAAGGAAAAGGUCUUAUUGAGUGGGAGAAGAGGUUGGUCAUCUCAGACAGAGCACAUAUUGUGUUUGACUUCCACCAGGCAGUUGAUGGUGUUCAGGAACAGCAGAGAAAAGAGCAAGCAGGCAAAAACCUGGGCACAACAAAGAAGGGGAUCGGCCCUGUGUAUUCAGCCAAAGCAGCGCGCAACGGCCUCAGGAUAUGCGACCUGUUGGCUGACUUUACUCAGUUCUCUGAAAGGUAUAAAAGUUUGGCCCAGCAGUACAUGUCCAUGUACCCGACUCUAAGGAUUGACACAGAAGGAGAGCUUGACCGGUUAAAGGACUAUGGGGAGCGGAUCAAGCCCAUGGUGAGAGACGGCGUGCACUUCAUGUACGAGGCUCUUCACGGCCCUCCUAAAAAGAUCCUGGUCGAAGGCGCCAACGCCGCGCUGCUGGACAUCGACUUCGGGACGUACCCUUUCGUGACCUCGUCUAACUGCACGGUGGGCGGAGUGUGUACGGGCCUCGGGAUGCCGCCUCGCAACGUGGGGAACGUUUACGGGGUGGUGAAGGCGUACACCACCAGGGUCGGCAUCGGGGCCUUCCCUUCAGAGCAGAGGAACGAGGUCGGCGAGCUCCUUCAGACCCGAGGGAAGGAGGUGGGCGUGACCACGGGCAGGAAGAGACGAUGCGGUUGGCUGGAUCUGGUGCUCAUCAAAUAUGCCCACAUGAUUAAUGGCUUCACCGCAUUAGCGCUCACCAAGUUGGACAUACUCGACGUGCUGGCAGAGAUCAAAGUGGGCAUUUCGUACAAAGUCGACAACAAAACUAUACCUUAUUUUCCAGCCAAUCAGGAGGUGCUGCAGCACGUGGAGGUCCAGUAUGAGACGCUGCCCGGCUGGAACAGCGACACCUCGGCUGUGAGAAGCUUUGAGGAGCUGCCCGAGAACGCUCAGAAAUAUGUCCGCUACAUCGAGGAGAAAGUGGGAGUGCCUGUCAAGUGGAUCGGAGUGGGCAAGUCCCGGGAGUCCAUGAUCCAGCUGUUCUAGACGAAGGGAGGACCACACCGAGCAAAGAGGAUGCACAUCAGCGACUGCUCCUCAACUGUCCUCCUUCUAAACCUCCCUACCACCCCCCCGCUCCACACACACACAUAUAUACACACACGCUCCGACACACACAGCCUACCUACCUGGACAUGCCAUGUCUGCUCUCAACGCUUUAACACUGCAUCUUCAGACUGACACCUCUCCGGAUCAGACUGACCUCCGUUGGGAUUUUUUUUUAACAGUUUUAAAAAGUCAUCGCAGCCUUUUAUCCCCGCCGCCCGUCAGGCCUGACAGCGGCCUCCAGAGAGACGGACUCAGACGCAGACGCUCGGGUCAAGCUGUUCCAGCGUGUUUUUCUUAACCGAUGCGCUGUGCCGGUCUGGCGUGAAUCAGUUUUAACCUCUGCACUUUAAAUGCUCUGGACUGCACCUGCUUUAUGUUUAAUUCUGCCAGGUGUACAACAACCGACGCGAUAAAGGGAUCUAUUUAAUAUUUUUAAUGUGUUAUUGUCUCACCAGACUCCUCGUCAUUCAGCCAAAAGAUUCGUAGCUAGCGACUGUGUGGAAAGUUUCCCAUGAACAUAUACAGAAAUAUAACAGGUGUAUAACCAAUCAAUGCAGUCAGCCGACAUACUUAACAAUCAUUUGAUUAUUUAUUCGGGGCAUUUCUUUGCCCUUUCAAUACAAUAAGUGUACAAGAAGGCAAUGGCAACUUUAAAAAAAAGAAACGUGUAUCAGUUGAUCGAUAAAUACUCUUUAACGAUGUUGGUCAUCUUUCUUUUUUUUUUUUGGUCCAGGAUUCUGGCGUUUGUCAUAAUGCACAUCUUCACAAAAAGGAAAAACAAAGGUUUAGGGUUGCAUUUUGUCUUCAAAAGCAAGUUUCACUGAUGAUGAGGCAUCAUGCAAAUAAAAGACCUGCUGGAAAGGACGGGGGCGGGGGGAACCUCCCAUCCCUACGUGUUGGUAGUGUUUGUGCAGAUCAUUUAAAAAAAAGCCUUAUGUAGCUACUUAUGUGCUUUUUUUGGAGCAGUUCAACAAAUGAAAACAUGUACACGUAAACUGUAAAAGUGGGUGAAUCAAAUAUCGUUAUUAUUUAGAUGACACUGCCAGCAAUCGGAUCACAAUAACUUGGUAAUAAUGAGUUGUGGUUAAUUCCAACAUUGCAAUAAUGUGCAUCUAACAACAUAUCCGCUCAUUAUGGACUUAAAAAACAGCAUGUGGCGGCCUUGAGUUUGAUGAGACUGAAACUGACUUUGAUAUUGCACAUGAAUGUGGCAUUAGACUUGGGGAAGUUCUCCACAGAAGACCUGCAGCUGCCUCCUGGAGAUGAGUUCACUGACCUCUUGUGCAACUUUUAGUAAAACCAACAAGCUUUUGUGGAAUAAAUGUCCGAUGUUUGCACACAGCUGUCGUGCCAAGUUUAACGAAAGAAAGCUAUUGUUGUGAGGAAGCAGCUAAAUCAUCACACAUGUAUUUGUUUUCUGUUUUCAUUCUAACACACAAUUCAGAAUAAAGGGAUGACGGAAGCGUUUCUUUCAGUAUUUUGAAAGAAGUCGGUGGAUUUAGUCAAAUCUGGAAAAAAAGUCGCCUCCGCUGAGCGAAACCCGACCACUCGGACUGACUCAUUCUUCUCAGGAUAUUGAUUAAAAAGUGUUUUAACUAUGCUGUUUUUGUCUUGAGCUUGUGUGUAAAAGCAGUGGGACACGCUCUCAGCAACCUUUAAUGUUAGAAGUCCCUGAAAGUCUGUCACGUAAUUCACAAACUUUCGGUCAGGAUGGACAGUUUUUUUUGGUGUGACCUUGUCUGCAGCAGGAUGUUCUCUCUCUGAUGUGUUGUAAUGCACAUUUUUCCCUUUAAGCGCUCACACUGCCAACUCGUCACUGAAUCCUCUUUACUACCUGAAGAUCUGUCUUUAUCUGCCUUUCUUUACUUUUUUUAUUUUCCCUCACUGUUCAGCCCAUUUUAAUUUGAAGGGCGGACUUCAAUCUUGACACCAGGUUCUGACUAAAUGAAUGUUUUAGUCUUUAUAUGCAGCAUAUUUACACAGAAAUCCUCAUGUUAACUCUUCUGUUCUGUCAAAACCGUGACAUGCAGUUAUUGCCUUUUUUGUUUUGCCAGUUAAGUCAUUUUCAGGUUGGGGGAAAAAAAAAAGUUUCCUGACGAUGUCUCCUGUCGAGAUGUUUUUUUGUGUCUUUGGAAACUUUGGGAUCACCGCUUUGAAUUUGAAUUAAAGCUCUGUGGUUUGGAACAAUG